AUGUACAUGCUUAAGUUGAAGAAUCCUGACUCAGUAAGUUAUAUUGAAGUGGAUGCGGCGAAAAGAUUGAAGUAUCUAUUUUUCGCAUUUGAAGCUUCCAUAGAAGGGUUCGCUGCGAUGAGGAAAGUUAUCAUUGUGGAUGGAACACAUCUUAAUCAUGUUUAUGGUGGAGUUCUGCUUGUUGCGAUGGCUCAAGAUCCUGAUCGUCACCACUACCCUAUCGCAUUUGGUGUAGUUGAUGGUGAGAAAGACGAAAGCUGGACGUGGUUUAUGAAUAAGUUGAGGUCAGUGAUAUCAGAUGAAGGCGAAUUGGUAUUUCUUUCGGAUAGAAAUGGAAGCUUGAUCAAGUCAAUACAUGAGGUGUUCCCAAUGGCUGCACAUGGGUAUUGUAUAUGGCAUUUUUCUCAAAAUGUCAAAAGACAUGUUUUCAACAAUAGAGACGCUUGCGCAAGCAAGUUUACAGAGUGUGCACAUGCUUAUACAGUGGUUGAGUUCGAUGAUCUCUAUGAUGCCUUUUCCAGAAGGUAUCCUUCUGCUGCGGCGUAUCUGGAGAAAAGUGUUGAAGUGAGAAAAUGGGCAAGAUGUUACUUUGAAGGAGACAAAUACAAUGUUAACACAACUAAUGCAUCAGAAUCCAUUAAUGGUGUUCUUCGGGAAGCGAGGAAAUUCUUUUUGCUACCGAUGAUUGAUGUUAUCAUCAAGAAAAUGACUGAAUGGUUUAACAAACAUAGGAAGAAGGCAGCUGAAAUACCUGUCACAAAGAAACUUGUGCCAACAAUGUGUUUUGAUAUAGACAAAAUCCCAUGUGUUCAUGCUGCUGCUGCUGCCAAGUUCUUGAGCGUAGGAAGAGAUCUUCAUCUACAAGAGUUUUGUUCGAAAUACUAUUUGGUGGAGUUGUGGGCAUUGGCAUACUGUAGGACGAUUUAUCAUGUUCCUCAUAUGUCUGAAUGA